AAACUUUUUAUUUAAGUUUCUUCUAAAUAAGGUUAUUAAAUCCUAAAUAAGCAAGGAAUCAUUAUGCAGCGUGCUAUGUUAAAAUGGAAUGAUGUACCUACUCAAGUGGUUACAGAAGGUCGUUGGGUAGAAGAAGGUCUUGCAGAGUUUGGUAGAAAGGAUGUAAUUAUUGUCAUUACUGGUAAUCCUGGAAUAGCAGAAUUUUAUGGAGGAUUUAUAAAAAUGUUAAAAUUAAGAUUACCAAGCGAAGUACCUAUUUGGGUGAUUGGACAUGCGGGUCACAUACAACCACCAAACAAUUUGGCAAUUACUAUGCCGAGUAAUUCAACUUGGAAUGAACAUUAUAGUUUAAUGGCACAAAUACAACAUAAGAUAGAUUUCAUUAAAAAAUAUGUACCUGAAGAUGCAAAGCUACAUCUUAUUGGUCACUCGGUAGGAAGUUGGCUGGUUUUGAACAUGUUAAAAGAUGAUCUCAUUGUUAAAAAAGUAACAAAAUGUUACCUGUUGUUUCCAACCAUAGAAAAUAUGUACACAACUACUAAUGGACAGCUGUUCACCAAAAUUAUGUCACGAUUUGCAUCUUUUAUCAUUUUUCUUUCUUGGGUUUUUUCAUAUCUCCCACAUUUUAUGCAAAUUUUUUUUAUCAGUAUAUAUGAACUAUUAAAUGGAAUUCCAUUAAAGAACAGUAAUGCAAUACUUCAACUGUUAAAUCCUGACAGUUUGAAAAGAGUAAUAAAAAUGGCAAAAGAAGAAAUGGAAAUAAUAAAAGAACGAGAUGAUGAUAUAAUUUCAAAAUAUGCAAAUAAAUUAUGGUUUUAUUAUGGCAACUGUGAUGGUUGGACACCAAUUAAAUAUUAUGAAGAUUUAAAAUCCAAACAUCCUUAUAUCAAUGCAAAACUUUGUAAGCAUGGUUAUCAUCAUAGUUUUGUUUUGCAGUAUGAGAAAGAAAUGGCAAAAAUUGUUGGUGAUGCAAUUAAUGAAAACAUGUAA